GCAUUCGCAGAGGACGGUAGACGAGAACAAACCAGAAGAAGCAUGGCUCCUCAAACGUCGGCCAUGCUGCUGCUCCUCGUGGGCUCGGUGUUGUGGUGUCACGGCUGCUGUCAGCACUGGUCGUAUGGGCUGAGUCCAGGCGGGAAGAGAGACCUGGACGGACGCUCAGACACCAUGGUCGACAGCUUUCCACAUGUGGACUCGCCCUGCAGCGUUCUGAGCUGCGUCGAGGAUUUUCCUAAAAUCUACCGGAUGAAAGGAUUGCUUGACGGCGUCACAGAUCGGGAGAACGGACGCAGAACGUUUAAAAAAUGAUUCUUUGACUCUAAUAAAUGAUUCUGUUGGCAUCUC